GGUUUAGAGUUUUUCUGCAGCCAAUAAUACGCGACGAUUCCAACCAGAAACGCCCACUACUAGUGACGCUUUCAUUUCAUUAAUUGUUUGUGCUGGGGAGAGUGUGAAGCUGCUGCUGAUUUUACAGCAUUUUAUCAUCAACAAAGCUAAUUCUGCAACACGAGUCUCAAACUAAAACCAGUGAAGAUGGACGUCAGUAUCUCCGUGUCGUUCUUUCAAGACGAGCUCGCCUCUACCAUCGAGCACGCAGUGAAAGCGGCUGUAGACACCGUCUUGUGCCAAAUCACAAAAGUUGUCGGCGGCAAAUUCACUGAAUUCCAAAUGGAAAUGGCUGGAAAGGAGAAAGAGAAUGAAAGUCUGAAGCUGAGAUUGGAAAUAUCAGAGAGCGAGUUGAAAGCAGUGCGAGAAUGCAUGAACGCUGCAGAUGCAGACAUUAAACAACCUCUCAGAAACAUGAACCCCGACUGCAAUGAACAAGACUUUCAGAGGAAUGAGAACCAGGGAUUAUUUCAAGAUCCCAAAGAGAGCCGUGCUAUACCUAAAUCUGAAGCACAGGAGGGGCCAAGGAUAGAAGCAGCGUACACACUAGAGGAGUCCUUUGACCAGGAGUGGUGUGCAAGUCUAAAGCAGGUUACAGAGCUGACAUGUGUUAAAGAUGAAGAGGUCCCUCGACUGGAAUGUGUUCCUAUUAAAGAGGAAUUCAUAGAACAGGAAUGUGUCCCCAUCGCAGAGGAAGUUCCUACUGAAAACAAUGUCUGUACACUUGAGGAGAACAACCAGCUGGGAUCCAGCCCGUGUGAUGAUUGUCCACCUGAAUGUGAACUGGGAUUUAGAGGAAUGCACGCUCCACCGGACCACACUCCAGCGAGACAGCACACUGCUGCUAAAGGAAAUCACACAGGAUGGACUCCAUUUCCCUGUGCUGAUUGUGGGAAGAGUUUCAGUUGUUUAUCAGGCCUUAAAAGACACCAACGCAGUCACACAGGAGAGAAACCUUAUCACUGCACGGAGUGUGGGAAGAGUUUCACACGAUUAGAAAGUGCUAAAUCACACCAGCGCAUUCACACAGGAGAGAAACCUCAUCACUGCACAGAGUGUGGGAAAAGAUUCAGUCGUUUAUUCGACCUUAAAGUCCACCAGCGCAUUCACACAGGAGAGAAACCUCAUCACUGCGCUGAGUGUUGGAAGAGAUUCCGUUGUUUAUCAGACCUUAAAAUCCACCAGCGCAUUCACACAGGAGAGAAACCUUAUCACUGUGCUGAGUGUGGCAAGAGUUUCACGUAUUUGAGGUCCUUCAAAGUCCACCACUCUGAUCACCAAAAAGAGAAAUCUUAUCAAUGUAGUGAAUGUCUGAAGAGUUUCAGUCACUUAUCAAGCCUUAAAAGACACCAUAAAAUUCACACAAGAGUGAAGCCCUACCCCUUUGCUGUCCCGUAUUCCUAAGCCUGGAUGAAUAAAUAUGAGACAGCAGAGCACGGGCUGGCUCUCAAGGUCAGAUGUUGUAAAAGGAAUAAUUCUGAUUAAGAGUGAAGCUGUUCUUUGUUCCAGUGAGUUAUACAGUCAGUCAGUAAAAAGAAGCAUGCUAUCAACACCUAGCAAGCAAAGUCACAGAAUGGGAAGAGCAGGCGUAACAUCUUAACUGCAACACUGCCUCCAACAUUAAGCAAGAAAAGUCACGAAAGAGGAGAGCAACGGACAACAGCCUAACAUUAGCUCAUCGUCAUGUAACUUAAAUACAAAAAAGGACAUUGGUUGGUUGCUUUUGUACAUAUGACCAUAAUUAUUGUAUUUAUUAUCCAAUUUGUUCAUUCC